GCACUCGAAAAAUACUUCCGGUUAUUUAUUAACAGACUUACAUGUACCAUGGCAUCUUUAGCCUACGAGAAGUUUAUUAUUUGAAGAUAUUGAGACGUAUAACUUUGCUUGAUUGAAUGAAGGAGAAGGUGUUGAACCUCAAGGCAUAGACAUAUGCUUGAAGGAUGUUAAGUAAACAGCAAUGUAGAAACCUGACGGUGGACCCGGACACAAACAUCUGUGAUCUGUCGUCCAAACUCAUGCUCGACCUGAGAGAGUAUCUGGACAAUGGACCAGAGACAUCUAACUGGAGGGCCUUUGUUUCGGCUACUGCCAGACUGUACAGAAAAUACACCUUUAGUUAUCAAGACAUCGAGAGGAUUGCCAGCCGGGUACAUAGGGAUAGUCCUAGUAAGGCCCUGAUUAACGAGCUUGGGGCCCUGAACAUGACAGCAGAGGAACUUGCUCGAGUCCUAGAUCAGCUCAAAUUGGAAAAAAUCCUCAUGUACAUAAAGAAAUAUGAUCAAAUCAAGAUCACGAGCCAGCCUGCCGAGACCUUAGAGUUGACAGAGGGUGAUUUGCUGAGACUGGAGGUUGAAGGGGUGGGCUUCCCUUACCCCCGAUAUCAGUGGUUCAGGUUAAACCCAUCCACUUCCAAAUACCAAGAGGUGCAUGGGCAGAAUCUCAAAGUUCUCAAGAUUGAUAAGUGCAGAUUUGAUGAUUCUGGCACAUAUUGCUGUCGCCUACACAAUGGCAAGGGAGAUACCCAGGUCCAUUUCAGCGGAGAGUCAGUUGUAGUUGUGAAAAGUCGUCCAUUGAAAAAACCUGGAUAUGAAGAAGAUACUAGUGCAUGUACCACAGGUACAAACCACCAUGAGGUGCCUUAUAACUACUCCACUGCUUUAGAUAGAACCCCAUUCUAUCGCCAAAAAGAUGUCAUGCCGGAAAAAGCUGUUCUUCCAUAUAUCCUGGAGCACCCCAAGAGUCAGCAGAUCAUGAAGGGAUCCACUCUGAUUAUGAACUGUCAGGCGCUGGGAAAGCCGCCACUGAUUUAUCAGUGGUACAAGAACGGACAGUUCUUCACCACUACAGACGAGAGCUUCAUAAAGAUUCCCGCAUUAAGCAGUCAGAUUGGUGCUUAUUUUUGUCUGGUGAAAAAUGCCUUUGGGGAAGUCAGAAGUAAAGAAGCCAUAGUGACAGUGUCAGAAAAUGUACCUGAGCCAGUUGUACAAGCAGAAAUUGAGAUCAUUAGUAAUCCGAAGUCAUGCACUGUUGAAUAUGGAGGAAGCUGUAUAUUUAGCUGUGAGGCCCGCUGCAGGGGUUUACAACUGUGUUAUGAAUGGUAUAAAGAUGGAAGAAAGUUGCAAGGUCAUUGUAGCAGUGAGAUGAGACUGGACCGGCUGCAGGACAUGGAACAACAAGGGAACUACAUGUGUAUGGUGUCUGUGCCAGAACUCAAUCUCAGUCGCCAUUCCAAGAUAGCUUGUCUCACCAUUAAAAUGGACCCCCUCAAACGUCCAGAGUUCAAUCCCACCGACAAAGUUGCGCUAUUGAUAGGAAAUUACGACUACAAAAAUGAGACAGAGCUAAAGGCCCCGGAAACUGAUGUCUCCACACUAGCCCAGCUUUUCAGACACCUUGACUUUAAGGUCGUGACCUUACUCAACCUGACCAAAACAGAAAUGUUGUCCGCUGUGGACUAUUUUUCAGAACUUCUUGGGAAAGGUGUGUAUGCUGUGUUCUACUUCUGUGGGCAUGGCUUUGAGGAGGAUGGAAAGUGUUAUUUUGUGCCACCAGAUGCCAAGGCUGGCUAUACAAUAGAAGACUGUGUUAGUGCAGAAAAUGUGUUGAGUAGGAUGCAGAAGCCAGACCCUGACCUCAUUGUGCUGAUUUUGGAUAUUUGUAGAAUCAGGAACCGGGUGGAGAGUUCCCAUGCAGCAGAUAUGAUUAAUAUUCAGCAGAGAGGAAACACAGUCUUUUGUUAUGCCACGAGCCUUGGAAUGUUUGCAUAUGAAGAUGCUGUCAAUGGAAUCCUGGUGAAAUAUCUCCAAAAAUUCAUUGUUCAAGACAAAUCUGUAAUUGAAAUUUUCUCCCAAGUGCAAGAGGCAAUCGGAAAAGAGCCUAAACACUACAAGCUACAGAUCCCAGAAAUCAGAUCCAACCUUCUUCAGCCAAAACGCUCACUGGCAGACAAGAUCUCUACGAAGGGGGCUACAAAAUUGUAUCAGCAGCGCACCCUACGAUGGCUGGAGUGUCACCAGAAACCUGAGAAGAAGUUAAUACACAUCCAAGACCUUCAGAUGGAUCUGGAGAUGGAAUUUCAGUCAGACUUCUCUAAUGUUCUUCAUGUCAUCACCACAGUCAAAAAUCCAGGAAUUACCCUCCAAGCAGUGGCUUACAUCUGCAAAAUCCCUUCGGCUGUGUCUUUGAAGGACAUGAACCCAAAAGUGACCUCAAAUAACCCGACCCGUACCAAAAGCACACUGCAGGAGAUACAGAAAGUAACUGAGGAUCUGGUCAUUGAUGUUGGUAUUAGAUAUGCACUUGCUCCUGAAGAUCAGGCUGUUUCACCACAAUAUAAACUUCACAUCGUCCAAGUCAACUUGGGGCUCCCUCUGGUGGCGGUGCUAAAGCUGUGGAAGCCCAUUGAAAAUGAGGCCAUGGAGCAUGAAGACUUCAGUGACAAGAAUGGCUACUCUUGAUGAGUUUAUUAGGUGGUUUAGUUAAGUGUUAAGCAUUUUAUUAAAGUUUUACGUCCUUUUCAUUUGAGGCUGAUGCGAUAAAAUUUUGGGGGUAAGUUUAUUAUUUUUUGGUUAACUUGAUACAUGCUCUAAAUUUGAAACUAUGUAUCAUUGAUGUACCAAUAUAUAAAACAUAUUUUCAACAGAGGUUAUAUUCAUGUACAACUAUAUGUACAUGUAUAAUCAUAAAAAGGUAAACACAAGAUAGUGUGCAUUUGUAAUCAGACAGAAGGACAUACAUGUGUAUGGCAUAGUGUUCAUGGCCAGUGCAUGACAAAUUUUUCAGAGGAACAGUUGUUAAAAGAAGGGGUUUAUGACAUCAAGGCAGUAAUUAUUAUGAUGUCAAUGAAACAUUUGUAGAUUCUGUUGCUGUAUCAUUUGUUUUUCUGUUGUUUAAAUAUGAUUUUUUUUAAUUAGAUAUGUUGUCCACAAGGAAUUUUUUCAGGGAUCUGUUCUUUAUUUGUUUUAAAUUCGAAUAUUUAUUCAACUUCGCUAAUCACAUUUGUAUAUUGUACAUGUAUGUGGAAGGUCAUUGUCAAAAACCCAAGGCCAGUCUUGCGCAUACUUACUGAUGGCUUGGACCAACUUAUUGAAAUUUUCACGAUUUCAUGAAUAAUUUGUACUCUAUUCCGAUGGAUUCCUUCACAUUUUCUUGGAGGAAAUCUCACCAGUACUGUUAAUGCUUACGCAUGCAUCUAUAGACAAUAGCUUGUUUUCAUCACAUGACCGUCAUUUUCAUACCUCCAAAAACUAAAUUGUUUCACUUUCUAAUUGGUGAAUUGAGAAUAAUGAAUAUUCAUGAAAACAAGGGAAGUUCAAUGUGUUAGGCCAAGGUCAAAAAGCAGAUGUGAGACCAACCAUGGGUUUCUACAAUGAUAGAAGGUAUAGAUGUUGGUGUUUGAAUUUCUUUGUAAAAAAUUUUAUUUGCUUACAAAUUUGUAUUAUCAUACAAUAUUGUACAGUUUUGGUGCAGGCAGUUCAAUAAACUGAGUAUACAAAUUAUUUUUUAAAUAAAUAAUCAAAAUAUAUUUUUAAAAACAAAUGAUUUUUAAAAUGAUAGAAAUUUUUGGGUUAACCAAAAUAUUUUAGCCUUUUAUAUAAAGUAUUACAACAUACAUGUGUACAUGUACCCUGUAUUGUUGGAUUUUAUUAUAUUUGACAUUAUGAUAGUUUUAUGUGUAAUAUUCAGAGGAAAUACAAAAUGUUAGUUAACUAGUGGUUCAAUGUAAUAACAUUGCCUAAUGGGGAGCAUUGUGACCCGUAGAUCUGUUGUAUUCUUUUGUAAUGCUAGUUAAUCUUUAUAAAUAUUUACAAACUACUUGAAUGUACAUUUUGAACUGCUAAUGAGACCUUUUAUUCUACAGGAAUGCCAAAAGCGAGUUCUUUAUACAGGGAAAUAUUCGCCCUUGUUUUAUUUUCGGCGCUUUUGCCCUCAUUGUCAGCAGACGAAUUUAAGACUGGGCGAAUUCCAAUGUUUUGAGUAAUACUCUAGUACACAAUGUCUGGGCGAAUUUAAGAUAGGGCGAACCCAUUUGCAGGGCGAAUAUAACUUGGGGUGAAAAUAACUCUGUAUACAAUAGUAAUUUUUUUCACAUUAAAUAUCAGUUCAUUUAGUUGUUUUCCAUUACAAAACCAUUAAAGCAAAGUAUGAUGAUUUGUAAAUAAGAAAUAUUCUUUGUUGAAAUUGAUAAUCUUGUUAAGAUUCAUGAUAAAUUUGAGUAUAUUUGGCUGAUAUAUUGUUAUGAAAAAAUGAUAUAAAUGAUAAAAGUGUGGCAUCUCAUCACAUUUUCACAUGUUAGUAUUCAUGAUUUUGGGCUCCAUGUUGUGCAGUUUACAUUGAUGUUGAAGUUCAUUUACUGCAGUAAAUUCACUGCAUGUUAUUGUGUUCAGUGUAGCUGUUCAUUAGUGUAGCACAUAGGAUAUACAUGUAGUUUUCAUUGAUUGAAGAAUUAUGGCAAAAUAAAAAAAAUAUCAAGAACACAAAGAAGAACAAGAAGAUUUCUAUUUGUGGAACGUCAUUAUUGUUUUUCAUGAUAAAGUAAGGUUUUAAUGUGAAAUAUAGGCUGUAAUAACAAAUAUAUAUGGUGCAUUGUAAUUUGCAGAGAUAUUAUAUAUAUAUUUUAUUUUUAAAUUAACAAAUGGUUUAAGUUAAUGUAUAAUGACAUAUGAAGUGCCACUAAUUUUUUGAUUCUUUUAUAUUGUUAUAUGUAUGUAUCUAUUGAAUCUUUAUUUGUUUUUGUUUCAUCUGUUGGUGUAUCUUAUGUUAAGAUCUUUAAGCAUUGACGAAUUGGUGUUGCUGGUGACAUAUUAUAACAAGAAAAAUGUUAAUGUACAUGACCAUAUGCAUGUAUAUCAUUUCAUAUGUACUAGUUCCCACAUUGUUUAGUAUACAUUAUUGUAAUUUUUAUCAGUUGUUAAACAUGUUGUCUUUUGAAGAGGAUAAAAAUCUUUUUUAUUAAUAAAUUAUUUUUGGUAUUU